AGAGAGGGGGGAGUGAGAAAGGCGUUGGGAAUGUAGUACUGUAGCUCUGGCGGGCAAGAGCGAAGGUUGUCCUGCCAAUCCGCAGUUUUCCCCCCCUUGCUUCUCAAAUCCAUUCCCAGGCGGACAGAUCCGCAUCUGAAGCGAGUCUCGGCGGCUGCGUGAAGACUGAAGACCGGGCUCAACUGGAGCUCCACUGCAGUGUUACAGUAACUCCUAUUGGAUAUCCAAUGGAAAACAGGUGGUCUGUAAACACGCUGGGUGGUGUAUAGGGUUGACACACUGACUGUUUCUACAAAAGAAGGGCGGCUCAACCACAGACACACCUCUGAUGCCUCUGGCCAGUCUGAGCUCAUGGUGUGUACUCGCUGGGAUAAACUAGUAGCCCGGCUGAGGAGCUCAGUGUUGCUACACGCAGUCAAGCCCACACAGGAUGUCGUGGGCCAGAGGCCUGUUCGUAGGCAGAGUGGACGAGCGAAAGACUGCAUGGGGAGAGCGGAAUGGCAAAAAGAGGAAGGACAGCUCGUCACUAUGCAACCCACGUUACAUGAGCUGCCUGAGGGACCCAGAGGACUUAGAGACCUCUAAUGCGGCCCCUCAGCAUUACCACUGCGGGGCAAGUACCAGUGGGGGCAACUUCGGCCUGCGUUGCGGCUGGCAGGAGGACCACUAUGGGAAGAGGAUGGUCGGCGGUGGAGAUCUGGGUCUAAAGGCUGUGGACCUUGGCUUUGAAGAUGGCGAGCUGAAGGGCAGGAAAGAGGAAGAGCUGGGGGAGUUAGCAGAGAGCGGCUGCAAGACGAUGACCGCUGCAGACUGCUGGAUGCGUCUCAUGUGGGUUUUCCAAUCCAAGAAAUUUCAGUCCGCCAAGCUGGAGCGUCUGUACCAGCGCUACUUCUUCAGACUCAACCAGAGCUCCCUGACCAUGCUAAUGGGGGUGCUGGUGGUGGUGUGUGGGGUCAUGCUUACCUUCCACUGCAUCCACACAACCCCGCACGUGAUCUACAUCUCAGUGCUGUCCGUGGCCAUGGUUCUCUUCCUGAUCAUGAUGGUGGUGUGCAACCGCAACGGCUUCCACCAAGACUACAUGUGGAUUGUGAGCUACCUGGUGAUCGGGGUGCUGAUCGUAGUGCAAAUAUUUGGGGUAUGGAGGGUGCACCCGCGCAGUGCCUCAGAGGGCAUCUGGUGGACGGUCUUCUUCAUCUACAUCAUCUACACUCUGCUGCCGGUCAGGAUGAGAGCUGCUGUGCUAAGUGGAGUUGUGAUGUCCACCAUACAUGUAGUCACUGCCUGGCAGCUCAACCAAGAGGACAAGUUCAUUUUCAAACAGAUCAGUGCCAACGUGCUGAUCUUCCUGUGCACUAACAUGAUCGGGAUCUGUACACACUACCCCGCUGAGGUCUCCCAGAGGCAAGCCUUCCAGGAGACGAGAGGAUACAUCCAGGCCAGACUGCACUUGCAGAGGGAAAACCAGCAGCAGGAGCGCUUACUGCUGUCAGUGCUGCCAAGGCACGUUGCCAUGGAGAUGAAGGCCGAUAUCAAUGCCAAGAAGGAAGAUAUGAUGUUCCACAAGAUCUACAUCCAGAAGCACGACAAUGUUAGCAUACUGUUCGCGGACAUCGAGGGCUUCACCAGCCUGGCGUCUCAGUGCACGGCCCAGGAGCUGGUCAUGACGCUGAACGAGCUGUUCGCCCGCUUCGACAAGCUGGCCUCGGAGAACCACUGCCUGCGCAUUAAAAUCCUCGGGGACUGCUACUACUGUGUGUCGGGGCUGCCCGAGCCCCGGGCCGACCACGCCCACUGCUGCGUAGAGAUGGGAGUAGACAUGAUUGAGGCCAUCUCGCUGGUGAGAGAGGUGACGGGCGUGAACGUGAACAUGAGGGUGGGUAUCCACAGUGGGCGCGUGCACUGCGGGGUGUUGGGCCUGCGGAAGUGGCAGUUCGACGUCUGGUCCAAUGACGUGACGCUCGCCAACCAAAUGGAGGCUGGGGGAAAGGCUGGGCGCAUCCACAUCACCAAAGCCACGCUUCAGUACCUGAACGGAGACUACGAGGUGGAGCCGGGGUUCGGAGGAGAGAGGAAUGCUUACCUGAAGGAGAACAACAUCGAAACCUUUUUGGUGCUCGGCUGUAGCCAGAAAAGGAAAGAGGAGAAAGCCAUGAUGGCUAAGAUGCAGCGAGCACGUGCAAACUCCGCGGAGGGACUGAUGCCGCGCUGGGUGCCCGACAGAUCUUUCUCCAGAAACAAGGAGUCCAAAGUCUACAAGAAGAUGGGCAUAGAUGCUGCAUCCAGCAAAGAAAAUCGCUGUGCUCAGGAGACCCUGAACCCGGAGGAUGAGGUGGACGAGUUUCUGGGACGGGCCAUCGACGCACGCAGCAUUGACCAGCUGAGGAAAGAUCACGUCAAGAAGUUCCUGCUCACUUUUCAGACUGCUGACCUCGAGAAAAAGUACUCCAAAAAGGUUGAUGAUCGUUUCGGGGGAUACGUGGCCUGCACGCUUAUGGUCUUCUGUUUUAUCUGUUUUAUUCAGGUUAUCAUUUUCCCAAAAACAACACUUAUGCUCGGCCUUUACACCAGCGUCUUCAUCAUCCACACCAACAUCCUCUUCAUCUGCGCCAUCUAUUCCUGCAUCAAACUCUUCCCAGCUGCCUUGCAGACAGUAACCAAGAAAAUAGUCCAGUCUCGAGCAAACAGCACGCUGGUGGCCGUCUUCACCAUCCUCCUCCUCUUCAUCUCUUCUUUUGCUAACAUGUUUACCUGCAGCAGAGAAGGACUGAUGGACUGUGUGUCCAAGGAGCUGAACACAUCAGCGACUUUGUGCCUGCUGCACAACCUGACCAAGACGGCAGAGGACGGUUUGACUCUGUGUUCCAGUCAGGCCAUGCCCUGCCAUUUCCCCGAGUAUUUCAGCUACAGCGUACUGCUGACCCUGCUGGCCUGCUCCGUGUUCCUUCACAUCAGCAGCAUAGGGAAACUGGCUCUGAUGCUGCUCAUCCAGCUCACAUUCCUCCUGCUGGUGGAGUGGCCUCAGGUGGCCCUGUUUGACAAUGCGGACCUGCUGGUCUUUGUCAACUCCCUGCAAUUACCACCUGUUAACGAUUCCCUGCCUCUAUUUGGUUUCAAUGAAACUGAGCAACAGUGCCCGGAGAGUGUGGUGAAGAAGGUGUCCCUAAAGGUCAUGACUCCCGUCAUCUUGACGGUUUUCGUUCUGGCUCUCUACUUGCACGGCCAGCAGGUGGAGUCCACUGCUCGCCUUGACUUCCUCUGGAAGCUGCAGGCCACAGAGGAGAAGGAGGAGAUGGAGGAGCUGCAGGCGUACAACCGCCGCCUCCUCCACAACAUCCUGCCCAAGGACGUGGCCGCCCACUUCCUCGCCAGGGAGCGUCGGAACGACGAGUUGUACUACCAGUCGUGCGAAUGCGUCGCUGUCAUGUUUGCCUCCAUUAGCAACUUCUCAGAGUUCUACGUGGAGCUGGAAGCGAACAACGAGGGAGUGGAGUGUCUCCGGCUGCUCAAUGAGAUCAUCGCAGACUUUGAUGAGAUCAUAAGUGAGGAGAGGUUCCGUCAACUGGAGAAAAUCAAAACCAUCGGCUCCACCUACAUGGCAGCCUCCGGCCUCAACGACUCCACCUACGACAGAGAGGGCCGCUCACACAUCCUGGCUUUGGCCGACUACGCCAUGAGACUCAGAGAGCAGAUGAAAUACAUCAACGAGCACUCCUUCAACAACUUCCAGAUGAAGAUAGGAUUGAACAUGGGGCCUGUGGUAGCAGGUGUGAUCGGUGCCAGGAAGCCGCAGUAUGACAUCUGGGGGAACACGGUCAACGUGGCCAGUCGGAUGGACAGCACAGGGGUACCAGACUACAUCCAGGUGACCACGGACUUGUACCACGUGCUGGUCAACAACGGAUACCAGCUGGACUGUCGAGGUGUUGUGAAGGUGAAGGGGAAAGGAGAGAUGACUACUUACUUCCUCACCAGUGGUCCCCCGGGCAGUUAGCGACAGACGAGGCGACCGCAGAGUGACUCCCACUGCACUGAUAAGGCAGAGACUGAGUGGCCAGUUCGGCGAUGAGCACCGUAGCGCGGUGAAAACACACUGGGGACAGGAGAUGGCCAGCAGGGACGAGUCUGUAUGUUGUCACAUACUCAGAUGCACACAUGCAGGGCGUUGUCCAUGUUCGAAGGCUUUUUCCCAAGCUGCCCGAGAGAUAAUGAAGCCCAGUUGCCUUAGGACAGAAGUGGCUAUGCUUGUGUUUAUGAGCAAUAGUACAAGUAUUUCAUCGAAAUAUAUUUCAGCAAAACUGUUUCAUAAAAGAAAAUAUGCAAGGACAACAUGAAGGAUGAAAAUAACCAAAGAACAACUGUCUGAUCUGAGACACACUCUGAUGAUUCUGUUGAACACUACAGUAACCUUAAGUAAUUUAUUCAUCUUUUGUGAGCAAAGGCCAAGGUACCAUCACUGUCGUCGACAGGGAUGAACACUUAUUUUGUCGCGGACUUAUUCAUGAAGGAGAACGCACAUAUGCACACAGAACGCAGACAGAAAACACAACGACCUUGGUUUGGACCUCUGUGUUUCUUAUCAGGGCCUUCUUUGUUUCUUCCAGCCUGUGAUAAUCCACAGUCUGGACACGAGCUGUUUGUGGUUCACUCAAAUGUACGACUGAACACUCACUCCCUGCAAUGUAUUUUUGGUUCAAGCCAAACACGAGAAGUAUGAAAUGAAGGAGGGACAGUUGCAUUAGUGUCACGGAACUGAAGAGAGAUUGUCGAACUGUUGUGAAACAUUGUUCCACAAGUGUUUGUGUGUGUGAGUGUGUGUGUGUGUGUGUGUGUGUGUGUGUGUGUGUGUGUGUGUGUGUGUGUGUGUGUGUGUGUGUGUGUGGGAGUGAGCACAUGUAAGUGAAUGCUGAUCUUUAUCCAUAAAGGGGCAUACUGUAACUUUUCACUGUGAGGUUUUUAUGAUACUGUAUGACAAUGCUUUCUCGCCAAACUGGUUGCUGCAAGGCAUGUUUUAUAUUAUUCUUUAGAGUUGUGUGUCCAUUCCUGAUAUAUAUACAUAUAUAUUUUUUUUGUGUGUGUGUGUGUGUGUCAAAAUGAUCAUUUGCAGAGAUUUGUGUCUUCUGCGCCUUUUACUGGACUGUGAUUUUGACUGGUUUCAUUCCAACUCAAAUAAGCAAAGGCCUAUGAAAUGUAUGUGUUUCUUUCUUUCUUUCUUUUUUUUUUUUUUUUUUUUUUUUUUUUUUUUUGCUCAUUUUUUGGAUUGUGUUACAACAAAGUUAGCUGGGUUCCUGACUUCUUCAGGAUUAAGUGUUUGCAGAAAUUCUUAGUCUGCUCCGUAUUGCCUUGAGAUUAUGCAGCUCCAAGGUCAGCAUAGUUCAUGGACCAAUAUUCACAACUUUACACAACAGUAUUUGACCCUUUUUUUUUGUAUUUGGCGCAUAGAGGCUUGUAGCCCACCGAAAUUAGCCAUUUGAACCAAUAGUCGUAUGAAUGUAUGUAAUGAUGAGUAAUUCUGCCCUCCAUGAGACUACUGGGAAAACCACUACAUGCAGUGCCUUUGGUGCUGAAAAAAUAACCGACCUAUAUGCUUUUUGAAGGUGAAGGAAUAUUUUAAGCAAGUAGUGUUGACAUGCUCAUUCCUCUGUCUGACCACCAGAAUUGAUUGUGCCUUCAUAGGCUACGAAAAAGAUCCUUGCCUGUCCCUCUUUUACCUUAUGAAGAAAGGUGAAUAAACACUGUUGCAUUUUCUUUAAAGGAGAUUAAAAAUUAGUGCAAUGAUUGAUUUGAUUAAAAUCCACCCCCUGGUAAGAAAUCAAUAAAUGUCUGUUUUUGCAUUCGU